UGUGCGUGCGCAGCCUGGCAGGAGACGUCAUGAGCGUCUUACUCCCCAACAUGGCGGACUUUGAUACCAUUUAUGAGUUAGAAGACGAAGAUGAUGAGCAUGUAGUGAGUGAGGAACACUUGCCCAGAUACUGCCCCGAGCCCGUGGUCAUGCGAGGGGCCGGGCACAUCACCGUGUUUGGACUGAGCAACAAAUUUGAUACAGAAUUUCCCUCUGUUCUCACGGGAAAGGUAGCACCAGAGGAGUUCAAAACCAGCAUCAGUAGAGUGAAUGCUUGUUUGAAGAAGAACUUGCCUGUCAAUGUGAAGUGGCUUCUUUGCGGCUGCCUGUGUUGUUGCUGUACAGUAGGCUGCAGUCUAUGGCCCGUUAUCUGCCUCAACAAGAGAACAAGAAGGUCUAUUCAGAAGUUGUUAGAGUGGGAAAAUAACCGAUUAUAUCACAAGCUGGGGCUGCACUGGAAACUCAGUAAAAGAAAAUGUGAAAGCAGCAAUAUGAUGGAAUAUGUGAUUCUUAUAGAAUUUCUACCCAAAUAUCCUAUAUUCCGACCAGACUGAGGCGGCUGUUAGGAGACUGGACGUGUGGCCCUUGAAUCUUAUCCUUAGUGCCUUGUAUAUAUGUUGGAAUAAGGGUCUGCACUGGUGUCUUGUGAUGACCCUGUACAUCUCCCAGUACCUUGUACAUUAGAAUUUGCAACACUGUCACUUUGCUUUAGAGCAGAUUUUGCACAUUUCCUGACAAAAAUAGACAUGUUCCCUUUGUUGCACUUUUUUAUUUUUUAUUUUUUGGUUACAUGUGACAAACAAGUGAAAAUCUUAACUCUCAAAAAGUGCAUUUACCCCAAAGAACCAUCAACCUGUAUCCCAUCUGUUGUAUGAUUAAUCCCUUGCAAAGAAUUUGAUGCCUCCAACUUCCUUAACUAUCCUUGCCUUAUUAUAUCAUUUUAACUCUACAUGUAACAGGAGGAGGAAGGCAUUGGGUUGGUCAUAGGUUCAGAUGCUGUUUAUUGGGUUGCCGCUGUUUUGAUUCUAGUUCUUUGCAAGUAGAUGGGAUGGUUGAAAUCGCCUACCGUACAGUGUACAUCAUCACCCUGUGUUUUUCUUUUCUUUAGAAUUGACCCUCUGUACAUGGGAACUAGCUAGAAAAAAAGAACUUGACUUGUAAAUACCAUGUUAGGAUAAACUGUACAGUGGUAUACCAUUGUUUACAUAAAGUUACUUAGCUCUUUAGUUUGUUUUGCCAAUAUAUUGCUGUACCAUAGUUUUGUUUUAUGGAAGAUGUCUAUGUACCUUUCCAGUUUAUAUGGACCUGUUUACCUAGUAAGCCAUAUAGUUACAAUGUAUGUGAUGCCAGAGGUAGGACUGAUUAUUGCACUUGAGCCCAGCAAAGUGUCAGGAUUUCAGACUAAAGUGUUAACCUGAAGCCCUGAAAAUAUUCAUACAAUGACAAUAGCAGUGCAUAUUACCAUGUGGUGUUUGCCAAUGAAGAAGAUGACACUCUAUUAUGUCAUCGGUUUUAAACUGGAGAUGGCUGCAUCUCUGAGGUGUUACUGGAAGGCAAUUUGAACUCUGCACUUCCACGCUCAUUUAUUUUGUCAAUCAUUUUAUCACAGCUUUGAAUUCAUUUGAUAGUUUUUGUAAUUCACUGUGUUCUCCUGAUGUGUUACUAAGCACAUAACACCCACAGGUCAUGGCAUACCGAGCUGAAGCUUCCUUUGUUUUACUCAUCCUGUCCAGUGUUAGUAUUAUUUUGCUGAAUCUUAGUCAAGAGAUUGCUGCAAUUUAUUGCAUUAGAGUGCCUCUGGAAAAGUAGGUGAACCACAGAGAAGUACAGGUUGAAAUCUGUUCACUUGUACAAAGGAGAUUUUAAAUCCUCCUCCCAGUAUUGUCCCUGUUACAAUUCUUGUAAAUGUUUGUCAUGAUGACCUAAUCCCAGUGGAGAGAGGAAAUAAAUUGUUGAUUUUGAA